AUGUGGGCCAAAAUUUCAGAGGAGAUGGGUGUUCCAUGGAGAUCGGCAGAGGCGAUGCAUUGGCAGAUUGGGCAACAUGAGAUGGCAGAGCGUGCCGGCGCCAAACCUUUCACUUUGGGAGAUUCAUCGGAAUCAUCAGACCCUCAGUACUUGCAAAUUGAAUCCGCAACAAACGAGAGUGGCUAA